AUGCAGCGUGCAGGCAAGAAGGCCGCCCAGGCUCAGGCCCUGAAGCAGCAGGAGAUCACUGCCCUGGAGAGCGUGGAGCUGGUCAGGAUGCUGCUGAAGACUUCUGUCUACCACGUCAGCUUCCUGCGCGGCAUCUUCCCUGAGGACCACUACCGGCCCAUCGACAUGAAGAACCUGGACAACAUCGAGGUGCGCAUGCUGACGGGAAAGACUGAGGAGGCGGCGCGUCUGGUGCAGUGGGUGGAGGGAGGCGUGGCCGACGCGCUGGCGCGCCGCUACCUGCGCAAGGUGUUCUUUGGCUUCAGCAGGGACAAGGAGGGCAAGGAUCUGCUGGAGGAGUACGUGUUCAGCUUCAGCUACGGCAAGGACGGCGAGGUGAGCAUGGCCACCAACGGCGGCACCCGCUCCAAGCACAAGUUCAGCACCAAGGACAGCAAGCUGCAGGGCCCCACCCUGAUGCAGAUCAAGUACCAGGUGGUGCGCCUCAUGCGCAUGCUGGUGGAAGUGACCAACACGCUGGAGCAGGUCCCCGCCGAGCGCUACCUGUUCAUGAAGCUGACCUACACCGACGACACGCCCGACGAAUACGAGCCCCCCAUGUUUGGCCCUGCGCCCGACGGCGGCGUGGGCUGCUUCUCCCGCAUGCCCUUUGUCAUGGAGAUCGGCGCGGUGGACACCAAGCACAUCAAGGCAAGCACAGACCAUACCACGAUGUCUGUCAAGUCUCUGCUGGACACGGUGGAUGUGUCGUGGGAGCGCGACGACAUCCCCGUCGCAGACGACAACUCCAGCCUCUUCCAGCAGCACACCACCGCCGCGCCCUCCAACACCACGCGCGGCGGCGACGGCGCCGCGCAGGAGGGGUCGAUGGGCGGUGGGUUCAGCUGCGCCGGGGCGCCCGCCAAGCACGAGACCCCCAUGAAGGACGUGCAGGAGGUCACAAAGGCGCUCACGCCGGCCUCUGGCCCCAUGCCCGCCAGCGCCGCCGCCGCCGGCGAGCACAUGUCGGAGCAGGUGGAUGAGAUCCGGGCCUGGGUGCUGGCCCGCCCUCUGCCCGAGUGCCACAUCCUGGACGCCCUGGCCCGCUUCAGCCACCGCCCCUCCUUUGACAUCGACGCCAUCUUCGCCACCCUGCAGCGCCAGGGCGUGCUGGUGCCCACAGGCGAGCCCGACAACUACAAGAUCGUCAAGGCCCCGCCCGAGGCGGCGGCGGCUGCAGAGGCGGCGCCCACAGAGCCCAUUUCCGCCGCCGCUGUGGAGCUGCUGGAGGCAGCAGAGGCGAUGGGGCGCUUGACCGUGGGCAUGCACUCGCAGCAGGGCGGCCUGCACGAGGCGCCCGGCAGCCAGCGCACCGUCAGCGUGGCCGACAAGCGCAAGGCGGGGCCGGAGGAGAGCGAGGGCGGGGUGCGACCCACACAGCUCGUCUUCCCUGACACCCAGCAGGCCAGCCAGGCGGGCGGCCCCAAGAGGCGCAAGGCCAGCGUUGUGGACGAGCCCAUCAGCCAGCACGGGCGCCAGCGCAGGGGCGCGGGGGCGGGGGCUGCUGUGGCAGCCGAGGCCUCUGCGGGGGCGCGCCGCCGCAGCGCGCGCCACAUGCACUGA